UUCGCUAGAGUUUUUUUGCACGUUCACACGUUCGCCCGGCGCGCUUCCCGCGUGCCGGCCCCGGGGUUCCACGUGUUUCGCGCCGCCACCGCCCUCCUCGCAGCAAACGCGAAACUUUGUCACCUGCUCCGCGUGCCACCGAGGGGCUGGCGGCGAUCGCGGGGGGCACCCAGGGCAGCAUAGACUUCGCUGCUCCGCACCACACACGUCUGCUACUGCUGCUGCUGCGGUUCCUUUGUCUGUCCAACGCUUGCUCGGGAUAUUCUGCAAUUCCGGACUUUCUGGUUUGGGAGAGAAGCGCACAAAUCGUGGAUUUUUAAACAUUGGAGUCUUUGUCUGGUCCCAGGACAGGCAGGCAGCUUCUUUCACCCUAGGCGAGUGAGCUUUGCAGCGAAAAUCCAACAUAAGAAAAGUUGCACGGGGGACGGAUUUCUUUUUCUCCCCAAGAAGGCAGUUUUGGGAUCCAUUUUUGUACCCCCGUUUCUGGCUUUUCGGUCGUGGCCCCCCCUCAAGAGGUGACACAUUGCAAAACAAAUCAAAGGUGCCUGGGGAAGACCGACGGCAAGGUGUCUGGACACCCCAAAGUUUUUCCACUGUGGGAUGUUGCUGAACAAUUGUGUUUUCGGUGUGAGCAUUUUAACAGGCAGCGCGGAGGGGGGGCGGAUGUAUCGUGGAUGGAUUUUUUGAUGUUGCCCAGCAUGAUUUUUUUUUUCCUGAACAAGGAUUUUCUCUGGUGUAACUUGGAAAAUCUCUCUCUCUGUGUGUGUAUCUCUCUCUCUCUCUCGACAGAUGAAGUUCCCAAUGUUUGGGAUUAAGGUUUUGUGACCCUGAGUUGGAUUUCUGGGAUUAAGUUUUUCCACCCCCGGACUAGGAAUAUUUUUGUGGUGGUUGAUCAGGAUUGCCUCCUUGCCUUUGACUAACCUGUGGGAUUCUGGAGCGAUGGAAGGAGCGUGGCUCCUGUACGUGUGGAUCCCCCUGGCCUUGGCUGUGGAAGAAAGCCUCAUGAACACCAAACUGGAGACUGCCGAUCUUCAGUGGACGACGUACCCGCCUGUGGAUGGGCAGUGGGAAGAGCUGAGCGGCCUAGACGAGGAGCAGAACAGCGUGCGGACGUUUGAGGUGUGCGGCGUCCGCUUCCCUAAGCAGAACAACUGGCUCCGGACCACUUUUGUGCCCCGCUCGGGCGCCACCCACGUCUACGCCGAGCUCCGCUUCACAGUGGUGGAGUGUUUCUCCAUCCCGCAUGUCACCCGCUCAUGCAAGGAGACCUUCAACGUCUUCUUCUACGAGGCCGACUCUGACCAGGCCACCAGCACCUUCCCACCGUGGAUGGAGAACCCAUACGUCAAGGUGGACACGGUGGCAGCGGAGCACCUCACCAGGAAGCGGGUGGGGAUGGAGGCCUCUGGGAAAGUCAACGUGAAGACCCUCAAGAUUGGGCCGCUCUCCAAGGCUGGCUUCUACGUGGCUUUCCAAGACCAAGGGGCCUGUAUGGCCCUGCUCUCCGUCCGCCUCUUCUACAAGAAGUGCCCGACUGUUACCGUGAACUUCACGCUCUUCCAAGAGACAGUGCCCAAGGAGUUGGUCAUGCCGGUGGCCGGGCAGUGCGUGGCCAAUGCCGUCAAGAUCAGCUCGAGGCCGCUGAGCAUGUACUGCCGGGAGGAUGGGCAGUGGGCCGAGCAGACCGUCACUGACUGCGCCUGUGCCCCGGGCUACGAGCCUGCCGAGGAGAACACCAGGUGCAGAGCCUGUGUUGCUGGGAUGUUCAAGCCCUCUCAGGGGGAGGGCUCCUGCCAGCCGUGCCCUUCCUUUAGUGUUUCAUCCUCCCCGGGGUUGAGCGAGUGUUUGUGUCGUGUCGGGUUCUACCGGAGUGAGAAGGAUCCUGUGACAAAGCCGUGUACCAGACCCCCAUCUGCACCCCGCAGCAUUGUAGCCAAGCUCAAUGGCUCAGUGGCAGUCUUAGAGUGGAGCGAACCUCUGGAGAAUGGCGGCCGAGACGACGUGGCGUUCCAUGUCACCUGCUCCGAGUGCCCGGAACAGCAGCCAUGCCGCCUCUGCACCCGCUUGCUCUAUGCCCCUCGAGCCCGGGGGCUGGUGGACCGCACUGUCACCGUGGAAGGGCUCCAGCCCUACAUCACCUAUUCCUUCCAGAUCCAGGCCGUCAACGGCGUCUCGGACAUGAGCCACAAUCCGCCUCAGUCGGAAUCCAUCAAUAUUACAACCAACAAGGACGUCCCCCAGCCUGUCUCCAAGAUAGAGCAGACCUCUGUCAGCAUUAACGGGAUGAUCUUAGGUUGGCCUCCUGUGCAGCCGCCGACGGGGAACAUCUUGGACUACGAAGUCAAGUAUUACGAGAAGGGUGUCGGAGGGCCCAUGUUCGUGAAGACUUCAGAGAACCGGGUGAUCCUGAACGGGUUGCGUCGGGGAGCGAUGUACGGGGUUCAAGUCCGUGCUCGCUCGGAGGCUGGGUACGGAGGUUUUGGGCCUGAAAAGGCCUUCCAAACCCAGGGAGCUGAGUCAGGAAGCAGCACAGAGAAGCUGGCGCUCAUUGUGGGCACAGCAGCCUUGGGGGGACUCCUGGUCCUGGCGGUAGUCGUCGUAGCCAUCGUCUGCCUCCGCCGUCAGAGUUCCUCCAGGACACGGGAGGCGGAAUACUCAGACAAGCCUGGACAGUACCUGAUUGGACACGGCACCAAGGUCUACAUUGAUCCUUUCACCUAUGAGGAUCCCAACGAGGCUGUGCGCGAAUUUGCCAAAGAGAUCGACGUCUCGUACGUCAAAAUCGAAGAGGUCAUUGGCGCAGGUGAGUUUGGAGAGGUCUGCCGCGGCCUUCUGAAGGUGCCUGGGAAGAAAGAGGUCUACGUGGCCAUCAAGACGCUGAAAGGGGGUUACACAGAGAAGCAGCGGCGCGAAUUCCUCAGCGAGGCCAGCAUCAUGGGGCAGUUUGAGCACCCCAACAUCAUCCGACUGGAUGGCGUCAUAACCAACAGCGUCCCUGUCAUGAUCAUCACGGAAUUCAUGGAGAAUGGGGCCCUCGACUCCUUCCUCCGGUUGAAUGAUAGUCAGUUCACACCCAUCCAGCUUGUGGGGAUGCUCCGGGGCAUCGCGUCAGGCAUGCGCUACCUCUCCGACAUGAGUUAUGUGCACCGAGAUUUGGCAGCCCGGAACAUCCUGGUCAACAGCAACCUGGUCUGCAAAGUCUCUGAUUUUGGACUGUCUCGCUUCCUCGAAGAGAAUUCGUCUGACCCCACCUACACCAGCUCCCUGGGCGGAAAGAUCCCGAUACGGUGGACGGCCCCAGAAGCCAUCGCCUUCCGCAAAUUCACCUCCGCCAGCGACGUCUGGAGUUAUGGCAUCGUGAUGUGGGAAGUGAUGUCAUUUGGAGAGAGGCCAUACUGGGACAUGUCCAACCAGGAUGUGAUAAAUGCUAUUGAGCAAGACUACCGGCUACCGCCGCCUACUGAAUGCCCCACGUCGCUGCACCAGCUGAUGCUUGACUGCUGGCAGAAAGACCGGAACGCUCGGCCCCGCUUUGCUCAAAUUGUCAACUCUUUGGACAAGCUCAUCCGGAACCCAGCCAGCCUUAAGAUCGUCUCACGGGGGAAUGGAGGGCCAUCCCACCCACUCCUGGACCAGCGCCUCCCGCACUGUUCCUCCUUCGCAUCUGUAGGCGACUGGCUCCGCGCCAUCAAAAUGGGCCGCUACGAAGAGAGUUUUGCCAGUGCUGGAUUCAGCUCCUUCGAACUGGUCAGCCAGCUCACCACCGAAGAUCUUCUCCGAAUCGGGGUGACUUUGGCCGGGCACCAAAAGAAAAUUUUGUCCAGCAUUCAGAAUAUGCGCGUCCAGACCAAAGCCAGCUCAUCCUUGGGACGUUACUGACCCAAGAGGAAGAAGUGGAUCAAAGAAUAUUUUUUUUGACCUCUCCGCAAUGAAGAGGAAUCAGAUAGUGAAGAUUGUGGCCUCUUGCCUUGGGACAUCAACUGCCUCCGUCCUUCCCACUCAGCUCUUUGUUGUCCACUUUUUCUGUUUUGGAACAGCAUAUUCAGUGGGGAAUAGACAGCUUUCUCUCACUCUCCCCACAUACCCUCUUGUCCUUUAGUGGAGAAAGGACUGGCAAUGUAUUUUAACGCUCCAGGCGCAACGGAAAUGGUAGCGUUUUGUUGGUUGUUUUUCCCAGUCAAGUCAUCAGAUGGCCACUUCAAGAGCUGGGAGUCAUUACUGGUGCUUGUCAGGCCUCCUUUCAAGAUGGCUGCCUCCAGCAGUGACAGAGAUGGCUGCCUGAUCUUUGGGGUCUUCCAUCCGCUGCUCUGUGGUUUGGGUCUCUUGUGAGUUGCUGAAUCUUCCAAGGCAUCGGUGCCUUCACGUAACCCUCUGUCGUUCCAAAUCCUCAGAAGAGUGGGAAUGCCAAAGAUGGCCUCACCUAUGCUAGUUUCCCUGACUAGAGUUAAUGUCGCAAAAUGGGUGCCCGUCUGUGGUCUUAGGAGCAGCUCCUCUGUUUGUUGGAGAUACCAAGAUGGCUGUUUUGGGGAUGGGCUCCUAAGAUGGCCACUGAGCUGAAAUGUGUGUGUGAAGGAAGGGGAAAUGAAAUUCCUUUGCUGCUUCCAAUGGCUGCCUGGUUUUCAAGAUGGCUGCCACUGAGCAAGCACUCCGUUCGGUGCUUACAUUUCGAAAGGCUGUAGGUUUGCUAUAUCUCUGCCAUUUUGGAGUUUGGGUUUUGUUUUUUUAACCUUUGCCUCACCAUAGUGGUGCCCAAUUUGGAGAACUCAUGUGGGAUGAUCACCAGAAGCCUUAUACAAUUUGUUGGCCAUCCAUCUGGGGUGAUGGGAGAGUGGCCACCCCCUGUCUGCUGAAUCCUGGAAAUGGGGAACCUUAACUUGAAGCUAAAUGGACCUAUUCUGCUAAGGGGGAUAGGGUUGGAGGUUGUUGUCAGUUUAACAUGCAGCCCCUGACUCUCCAUGGCCUGAAAGUCAAAGAGGGACUAACAUUGGCAUGCCGUGGGACUUGGCAGUGUUGCCUUCACAGGAGUGGAACUUGUUGUCAUAUCCAUGCAAAGCUUGAGGAAGAUACAGUAGCAGCUGUAUAAUGAUGUCAUCAGGAGCAGGAGUGACAGCAUCAUCUCUGUCCAAUGAUACUGAAGCUAGAAGCUUUUCAUAGAAACCUCACAGAGAUGGGAUGAACCAUUGUAUUGAAAUGACUGUAUGACAAUCAGAAGACUCUGCACUUUCUGAUGACAUCACUAAUGAUGUCACAGGAGAGAGAAGAAGUAAAGCUUUUGAUCUGGGAUAUCUCAAGGUGCCUUCAGUGGCAUCAGUCAUCAAGAAUAGUUUUGAGAAUAUUGAGGAUAUUCUGGGCACUGGACUAUGAUGUCAUCAUGGUGUGACAGCAAAACCCAGCCAUUCUCUAUGUGAUGUCACCUCUGUGUGGCUGUGGUGCUGGGAGAGCAGGCUGCAACUGCAGGGAAGCUAAAGCUGGUGAAAGGAGACUGCUGGUUUCACUCUUAAUGACAUCAAAACAAUGUACCUCUGGAUAAAGUGUGGGCGCUGAUAGAUGAUGUCAUAGGAACAGGCCUAUGGUGUCAUAACAAAGCGCUGCUUCUUUUGUAUCAUUUCUUUAACCUUCAUAUUGAAGGUGGUGAUGUUGCUUUUUAUUAAAAAAAUGUAUCUUUUAAACCAAAAUUAAGGAAAUGUUGGUGGAAGGGAAAGAUUGUCUCUGGUGAAAGAUUUUUGGUGCUAAAAUUGUAACCCCCCAUCCUUUUUCCUUCUUUUUUGAAGGAAAGAUUCCAGAUGCCAAAUUAAGGUGUUGGAUGCCAGAUUCCACACCAGAUGGGGCUCCAAUUCCCCUUUCUACCUGGAACUGUGCACCUUUUUGGUUUCUCAAAAAGAACAGUGGUUCUGCAGUCGAAGAUUCAGGCCCCCUCUGCACUAUACAUUUACAGCAAUAUCAUACCACUUUAAACACUCAUA